AUGUCGUUCGACCAGCUCCCUUCGGAGGUCUGGGCAUUGAUUGUCCCGAAUCUCAUCAAACCCCUCCCCAAACCCCUCUCCGGGCUCACCCAAGAGGAGGCUUUCAUAUAUACCGACGAGAAGGGCCAUGACCCAAAAGAUGAGCUUCUACCACUUCUUGGAGCGCCCGGAACGGUCGGACGGGGCGAUAUCAGGGCGCACGAUCUGGCAGUCUUGAUGAGAACUUCGGUCAUAAUCGAACUGACAGCAUUUCAGGCUUUCAACGCGUAUGCGGCCCCCUCCCUCUACGAUCGCGUCAUCACCGACGACCUCCUCGGCUUCCUAUCCCAUCUCGACCGCCCAGCGGCUCAUCCUCACGUCAAAAGCAAGCGGGAAUUGCUCGAGCUCACCCAUUACCUACACGUCGAAUACCCACGGCUCGGCGAACCCAUCUCGUACCCGGAGCUACUACAGGGCGGCAUCCCCAUGAGUUGGUUUGGGUUUGACGUAUUGCCCAGCUUCAAGUUCCCCUGGGCUUCCCUCCAGGCAUGGACCAACCUCGACCGCCUUCUCCCCCGCCUCCGCGCCCUGCCCUCCCCCAAAAUCCUACCCAACCUCAAACACGUCGCACUCGGGGCGAUUUUCGGCGCACAAGACAAGCUCUGGCAAAGCAAUGCCAGGAUUGUCGACGAAGUGGGCAUGAUCGGUCAUCGCAUCGCUGAGUGCGCGGAACUCAUCGAGGGCAUCAUCCACGCUUCGUCCGCGUCGCAUAUAUGCUUCCGGGCAGGCGCAGGUCCCCUCUCCCUCUUGCCUUCGGCGGAUUGGAGGGCGGAAACUUCGGACCGGCGGCUUCCCUUUCCCCUCGUCAACGUCCACUUCGACCUGGCCACGACCACGAUGCCUGCGGUCCGCGGUCAUCCGGUCCGCUGGCUCCUGGAAUCCAAAGGGGCGGACAAGCUGGACCCGAAGGACGAGAUGAGGGAUGUCUGCAAGGAGAGUGGUCGUCUCCUCGGCGAUAUCAAGAAGAGGCGAGAAAAAGCUCAGUCACCGCAGACCGGCUACGAUGUCGAGAUCUAUGCCAGCUCGGACCGUGCCAGACCUACACCACCCUUCAGGACCCUCGGCCUACUUCGGAGCCUGUCAAAUUAA